AUGUCCUUUGGGUCCUUUGGAUCGUCUGCAACAGGCGCUCCGACUUUUGGAGCAUCGCCGUUUGGAAAUGCGGCCAGUAACAAUAGCACCAGCACGACAGCGGGCACUGGCGGUGGCGGGCUCUUUGGCUCUGCCCCAGCAGCAGCCAGCAGCACUUCAGGUGUCAGCUUGUUUGGCUCAAACAGCCCUGCAAACCCCACGGCUACAGGCGGUCUGUUUGGCACCACUACUACGCCUGCUGCUACAACCACAAGCGGCGGCGGUUUGUUUGGCGGGAGCAGCACAGCGGCGGCGGUGACUGGGGGCAGCGGCCUGUUUGGUUCUAGCACUACUGCAACAUCGACACCAGCAGGUGGCCUGUUUGGCUCUAGCACAGCACCUGCUGCCUCAGCUGCUGGCACUGGCCUGUUUGGAUCUAGUACCACUGCAACAUCGACACCAGCAGGUGGUCUGUUUGGGUCUAGCGCAGCACCUGCUACCUCGGCUGCUGGUACAGGUCUGUUUGGUUCUAGUGCCACUGCUACAUCGACUCCUGGUACAGGCUUGUUUGGGUCUAGCGCAGCACCUGCUACCUCAACUGCUGGAGGUGGGUUAUUCGGGUCAAGCAAAGCGGCGACGUCCACUGGUGGAGGAGGGCUGUUUGGAUCAACCAGCACUGCGCCUGUAUCAACUAGCACUACGGGCGGCGGGCUAUUUGGAUCUUCAUCGACAGCAGCAACAGCCACGGCAGGUUUAGGCGGAGGACUUUUUGGUAGCAAGACGCCAGCGGCAGCCCCGGCGUUUGGGUCGAGUGCUGCCGCUGCUAUUGGGGCUGGGGCUGCUGUGGCUGCCACUGCCACUGCACCUGCACCUGCACCUGCAGCCAUUACGAAAAAGACAAAGUUUGUUGACUUGCCCAAGGAUAUGCAAAAGCUGCUGGAGGAGAUCGAGCAGCACAAGCAGGUGCAGGUUCAGAUUGGCGAGGGCAUUGUAGUUAGCGACACUGAGGAGGGGCUUAAAGAUAUAUCGCGCACGGUGCAACGCCUGAUGCAGGAGCUGUCUGUGGUGAAAAUGACGCUGAAGGGCGACCGUGAGCGCGUCGACGAGGCCAAGACACGGGUGAACUUUGAUGUCAAGCAUGCCGAGAAGGCAGCGAAUCUAGUCGCCCAUGCCACCGACGACGGGUCGUGGUCGCAGGGCGGCCUGACGCCGAUGCAGAUGGCGUCUCGCCAGCGGGCGAUGCUGGCCAUGCGCAGCAAGCCUGGCCAAGUCCCGUCGGUGCUGAGUCUGCUGCAGCAGGGGCUGGACAAGGACAGCGCUGCUGCCAUGGCCACAGCCGCUGCCAUUGCCGCUGGCAAGCCUGGCGCAGGCACGACGACCUCGCCGGAGGAGGCAGUCCGGCGUAUCCGCAUCUCGGGAGUGCACUCGCAGAUUGCCAGCGACUACUUCUGGGCGUGGCUGUCGCGCGUCGAGGCAUCGGCCGAGGUGCUGACCGAGCGUCUUGGCCAACUUGAGCACCACGUGUCGGCAUCGCUGGCGUCCAGCGCGUCGCUGCAAGGCUCGGCUGAUGCCCAGGCAGGAUCGCAGCAGCAGCGGCCAACACCGAAGGCAGUAUCUGACGUCAUCCAGUACCAGAACGACUCGUUUAUGGCCAUUGCUGGCAAGCUGGCGGCUGUCGACGAAGAUGUGCGCCGGCUGAAGCGCAAGCUCGGCAUCAAGGAGUCAGAGUGA